AUGUCCAAUGAUUUAACAAAAGUGGCAGAAACAAAUGUGAAGCCGUGUCAAAAGAUUUGUUCCAAGUGUAAAGCCAAAUACAUUUCCAUAGUUCAAAGCACAGCAGUCUCUUCGUCGUUGGAUAAUUAUGAAAUGGACAUUUUGGACACUGUUAAUCGAAGUUUGACUGAUUUAGGGACUUCUCUGUUAAAAAUUCAGAAGUUGAGCAGUAAGGAUAAAACUGGCUAUGUGAAACAAAAAAUUGAACACGUGCAGAAAGUGGUAGCAGACAAAAUAACGUUAGUCACUGGAGUAGCAGCUGAAGAUAUUGGGCAAAUUAGUGAAUCUCCUGCUAAGGAAUGCCAGUCAUGCCAGGAUUAUGCUGACCUAAUCAAAGAUAUGAAAAUUAAAAUUAAAAUAUCUGAUAGAUUGAUAAAAGUUCAAUUAUUGACUUUGGCCCCAAAGAUGAUAGAAGAGAUGUAUCUGACAAUUACAAACUGGAAUAAUGCCUAUGAGUUCCUCUUUCAGCCAUUCUCCACUGUUCCCGAGAUACAAUAUCUCAUCUUCCCAUUCUUUCUUUUGCUCUAUCUCAUAAUUCUUUCUGGUAAUAUUUCCAUCCUUUCAAUUAUCUAUAUUGUUAAUUCCUUGCACACCCUCAUGAAUUUCUUCCUGGCCAGCCUCUCUUUUCUGGAAAUUUGUUAUACCACUAUGGUAGUACCUCCAAUGCUUGCUAGCAUUUCUGAUUUCCACAGAAAAAUCCCAUUGGUGAACUGUGCCCUCCAGAUGUUCUUCUUUACAUCACUAGGAAGCACUGACUGUUUUAUGUUAGCUGUCAUGGCGUAUGAUCGCUACGUAGCCAUCUGCCACCCACUUUGCUACACCCUCAUCAUGACCUGGCGGGUAUGCAUAUGGCUGGUGAUUGGCUCCCUGAUCCUUGCCAUAGUGCUGUGUCUACAGCGAAUAGUCUUGAUUUUCAACUUGCCUUUCUGUGGUUACCAACCCAAGAUCAAUCAUUUCCUACGUGAUGUACCACCUGUGUUAUAGCUGGCAUGGGCUGACACACAAAUUCACCAAACUGUGCUAUAUAAUGUUGGCAUCAUGGUUUUAACAAUUCCCUUUCUUCUGAUAUGCAUCUCGUAUGUCUAUAUUAUGGCUGCCAUUUUCCAGAUUAAGUCCACUUUGGGGAGGCAUCAGCCCUUCUCCACCUGCUCCUCCCACCUAACGGUUGUGAUUCUACAGUAUGGUGUCUGCAGCCUUGUGUAUCUGCAUCCCAAGUCCAGCACUUCAGAGGAUGACGAUAGAAAUUUGGCUCUUAUAUAUACCUUUGUCACUACCCUCCUGAACUCCUUGAUCUAUACCCUGAGGAACAAAGAUAUCAAGCAGGCUUUAAGAAAGGUCAUGAAGAAAAUGGUUACAUCUCAGACUUGA